UCCAUGCACACACACACAUACUCAUUCACACAUAUUCAUACAUACCUGCAUGGUAGUAUUAGGUGAUCCAUAUUAAUAAAGCAAACAAAGAUGUCGGAUAUGCAGGACACCAUGCUGCUGGGCUUGGAGGGAAUCAAAAAAACGAUCCUGCACGGAGGCACCGGAGACAUCCCCAAAUACAUCACAGGGGCGAAGGUGACGUUCCACUUCCGCACCCAGCUGUGCGACGACGAGCGCACCGUGAUCGACGACAGCCGCGUGGCGGGCACGCCGAUGGAGGUCGUCAUCGGCAACAUGUUCAAGCUGGACAUCUGGGAGACGCUGCUGUCCUCCAUGAGGGGCGGCGAGGUCGCCGAGUUCUGGUGCGACGUCAUCCACACCGGCGUCUACGCCCUGGUGGCCAAGAGCAUGCGGCGCAUCGCCGAGGGCAAAGACCCGGUGGACUGGCACAUCCACUCGUGCGGCAUGGCCAACAUGUUCGCCUACCACAGCCUGGGCUACGACGACCUGGACGAGCUGAUGAAGGAGCCCAAGCCCCUCUUCUUCGUCAUGGAGCUCAUCAGGGUGCAGCAGCCCAGCGACUACAACAGGGAGACGUGGGCUCUGAGCGACGCCGAGCGGCUGCAGGUCGUCCCCGUGCUGCACGGCCACGGCAACCGGCUGUACAAGCUGGGCCGCUACGAGGACGCCACGCACAAGUACAAGGAGGCGCUCGUCUGCAUCAAGAACGUCCAGAUGAAGGAGAAGGCGUGGGAGGCGCCGUGGCUGAAGCUGGAGAAGAUGGGGAACACGCUGACGCUCAACUACUGCCAGUGUCUGCUGCGCAUGGAGGAGUUCUACGAGGCCAUCGAGCACACGAGCGACAUCAUCAACCAGCACCCGGGUGACUUCAAGGCCUUCUACCUGCGGGGGAAGGCCCACGCCGAGGUGUGGAACGAGGCCGAGGCCCGGCAGGACUUCAGCCGGGUUCUGGACCUGGACCCGGGCAUGAGGAAGGCCGUGAAGAGGGACCUGGCGGUGCUCAACAUGCGCAUGGAGGAGAAGAACCACGAGGACCGGGACAAGUACAAAGGCAUGUUCUGAGGACGAAGACGAGCUGAGGACCUCUUCCUCUUUAAGCCCCUCCCAUCAAAAUGACCCGUGGUUUAUUAAAAAUCUGGAAGUUUUAGAAGUGCG